CCGUGAGCUCCCCGUGCCCCCAGCCCCUUUGGCCACCGCCGCCGCGAUGCUGCCCUGGAGACGCAACAAAUUCGUGCUGGUGGAGGACGAGGCCAAGUGCAAGGCGAAGAGCCUGAGUCCGGGACUCGCCUACACGUCGCUCCUCUCCAGCUUCCUGCGCUCCUGCCCGGACCUGCUGCCCGACUGGCCGCUGGAGCGCCUGGGCCGCGUGUUCCGCAGCCGGCGCCAGAAAGUGGAGCUCAACAAGGAGGACCCGACCUACACCGUGUGGUACCUGGGCAACGCCGUCACCCUGCACGCCAAGGGCGACGGCUGCACCGACGACGCCGUGGGCAAGAUCUGGGCGCGCUGCGGGCCGGGCGGGGGCACCAAGAUGAAGCUGACGCUGGGGCCUCACGGCAUCCGCAUGCAGCCGUGCGAGCGCGGCGCCUCGGGAGGCUCGGGGGGUUCGGGGGGCCGCCGGCCGGCGCACGCCUACCUGCUGCCGCGCAUCACCUACUGCACCGCGGACGGGCGCCACCCGCGCGUCUUCGCCUGGGUCUACCGCCACCAGGCGCGCCACAAGGCCGUGGUGCUGCGCUGCCACGCCGUGCUGCUGGCGCGGGCGCACAAGGCGCGCGCCCUGGCCCGCCUGCUCCGCCAGACCGCGCUGGCGGCCUUCAGCGACUUCAAGCGCCUGCAGCGCCAGAGCGACGCGCGCCACGUGCGCCAGCAGCACCUCCGCGCGGGGGGCGCCGCCGCCUCGGUGCCCCGCGCCCCGCUGCGCUGGCUGCUCAACGCCAAGUGCGCCUACCGGCCGCCGCCCGCCGAACGCGGCCGUGGGGCGCCGCGCCUCAGCAGCAUCCAGGAGGAGGACGAGGAGGAGGUCGCAGACGCGGAGGAGCGCGAGCGGCCCGAGGUGCUCAGCCUGGCCCGGGAGCUGAGGACGUGCAGCCUGCGUGGCGCCCCGGCGCAGCCGCCGCCCGCGCAGCCCCGACGCUGGAAGGCCGGGUCCAGGGAGCGGGCGGGCCAGGCGCGCUGA